CAGAGACAGGGCAGAGCGCGCAGGGGGAAUUUUAUGAAUGUUGUGAAUGUAGGAGAUAAGUUCCCCUGCUUAAAGUAUUUUAUUGCAGUUAUACCCAACCGGUAUUUGCGAAAAAUAAACACAGAAGUGAAAGAUCUGUCACAAGACGAUUGAUACGUAUCCGUGCACAUUUUUAAGUGGGUAUACGCAAAUCCUGGUGCGUUCCUAGUGGGUAUACGGCGUAUACCUGCGUAUCACGUAGACUACACGACACACCCACAUUAUCAACCAGCCUUUGAGCUGUCCUCAAAGGUAGGCUGCUUAACGCAUUAGUGGAUGAACAGCAUUCCAAUGUCCACACAAAGACAAUGCAAUAUAAAACUACAAGGAAGAACACAACCAUCUGAAUCACUUCCACGUAGCUGGGCACAUUUGGUUGGUUUUAUUGGAAGUUCAUUUUUUUCCGUCCAGGUGUCACUUCAACAAACACACACAAUCAACCAGCUCAGCUGUCAUCAAUCACAUGAUGGCUCUGUGCAGACUUUUGGUUUAAAGAAAUAUCGAUUGUAAGGGACGUUACCUAAUAAUUUUGUGAAGAACACAACAUAUAACACGUUGAGGAGAAGAUAAAGAAAUUAACUAGAGAGAGGGUGAAACGCAGGGCUUGUUGAAGGUGACACACAUACAUCUAUAUACGAAGCGGCUGCUGCUGUGAGCGAAAGAUAUCGAACAGCUAAUUGCUAAAAUAAGCGUAUGACCUAGAAAAUUGGCCUUAGUCAGACAUAAGGAAGAGAGUGUAGUAGCCGUAGAAGAGGAUGACGAUGCUUGAGAAGAGGCCAGCCGCACUUGGGACCACGGAGCACAUCGAGAUGGAGAUCUUCGCCUCGGAAGAGUCUCGCGCCGUGGUCUCCGUACAUGAUACCGAGGAGGGCUACUUCGGCUACUAUAGGCACCUAGAGCAUCCUCUGGUGUCCGUUUCUGAAGAGGAGUACCUAGAGGCCCAGGUCCAGAGCCCAGCUGAACAGCAAUUCAAGCUGAAGAGAGUGCUUUCUGUCGGGACAGAGGACUUGGAUGACUGCCCCCUGAUUCCAGACUUAAAGGAGGACAUGGAGAUUGAAAUGGAGGAAUUCCCUCCCUUCAACACGCCCGAGAGUGAGCAAGUAUUAAAAACAUCAGCCCUCCCUUCCUUCAAAACACUACGGUUUCCCGCCGUGGCUUCUCUCAACCAAGUCACCAAAUUCAAAUGGAGGCAAGUAGACCAUCAGAGGACUGGACUGGUAGUUAAAGACGUCAUCUGUCUACCCAGAGGACACCUCCUGGCCCAUCCCGACCGACAUGGGACUCCACGAGGCAAAGAGAAGGCGGCGAUGGCUACCAUGGGAAUGACCGCGCAUCACUAUCGACUGCGGGUGGUCCACCAGGGAGAUGGAAAGUAGGCUGGUGAGCCACUUCCAUGGACGAUUAGGACGAAGGUCUUCUUUUGCUUACCUUCAGUCUGUGCAAGGAUCAAAGGCGUUGUUUAUCCCUGACCCUCCUGUUGAAGGCUGGACCGGAGAGCAAGUUCUCAGAAUCUGUGGCCAUGGCCCUCUAUACAUUCUUGGUCGCAAUGACCACUACACCCAGGCUAGAAUGCCUUUCUGGACGACUUUGACUGGAGAGACGUUACCGAUCCUGAGGCACAAGUCCGAAUGAAACAGCUUCAGAGUCCUACCAGUUUAGGGCUGUUAUCUGACAGCUCUUGUGACCGGGACAGAAGCUCUGAACUACCAGAGAACGACUCUACUGACCAUUCCUCCAUUUACGCCAGCCUGGUCAAACACUACAUCUACCACAGGUAUGCUAUGUCUUAAAUCCCUUACUAGGGAGCUGUACAAUUUAGAUACCAGCAGUUUUUUUUUCAAUCUCAGUAAAAGGGUAAUGUUUGCUUCCCCAUUAGUCUGUUUUACAUCCAUGACUAUGAUCAAACAUAAUCCCUUCACUCUAAAGGGGAGCAAGUAUGGCCGCUCAGUUCACAGACGGUUUGGACAGCUGCAGUGGAUUAUGGGAAACGGUGUGUACCAACUGGGAGGCAUUUGCUCCAGUUAUGACCGGCAUGGGACAAAUUACAUAAAACAAGGAGGACUAGUGCACAUUGCAGCUUUAGAGGUGGAGAAGGAAUCCAAACAUCACCUAACAUCACAUCAAACAAUGGAGUGAUGCUGCACAAGUAUGGAAUAGUAAAAGGUAUAACCAGUUUUGUUUAUGCGUCACUGAAGUGGUAGCAUUUUAAGUACGUAGUAUAUCCAUGAGAAGUAGUGUGAUAAAAGCAUGGUCUACAGACUUAUAAGAAUGCUGUUCCUGAUGUUUAGGGGGUUGACAAUAUUUGUUUUAUAUAAAUGGUCAGACAAAAGUAGAUAACUCUGAAACAAUGAUAAUCCAAUGUCUACAUCUAAAUGCACCAAUUGCAGAUGUCUUCAGAAAAAUUGCAGUGUCCUAAAUCCUAGGGCACAUGGAAAUGUUGUGAUAAAUUUGAUGUUUUAUUUAACAUUUGAAUACACAUUUCAUGUACGUAUUUACUAAUGAAAUGCAACCAGGACGGUGUGUCUUCAGUAGUAAUGCAUUAUCUGAAAAUAAAAUUAUAU